CUACUGCUGUUGCCACUCUUCUGUCUUCGCUUUCGCUUCCACCAGAAACUUCGGACAGAGAAAGAGAGCGACUUUUUGAGGGAGAAUCAGAUAAAACCCAUUUCUAUUUUUCACUUUCCUCUUCUUUUCUUGCUAUUUAAAUGACUCAUGGAAGAUCUCUGCUUCUAUCUCUGAACGAUUUAUUUAUCUGGUUUAAGGGUAUCUUCCAUUUUCAAGUGUUUGCUUAAAAUAUUCAUUUAUGGUGGAUUCUUUCUCUCAAGAAUCAGGUUAGAACCAGACCCCACUUACUAUUACUACCCUCUCAUGUAAAAAAUUUUAGCUCUCAAAUUUGAGUGAAGGGGAAGGAAAAAGGAAUUGUGGGUUGUAUUGGGUUUUUAAUUCUGUGGAAGGAAUCGUUGAUAUGUAAAUGAGUCGGAUUGGUGUUUGAUCUUUGUGCUGGAAGAGAAUAUACGGUUUCUGGGUGUUCCCAUAUGAUCUGUGGGAUGUCAGAGAGAAGAGAAAAUAGAUGGCUUAUGGAGCAUACCCAUAUGAGGAUGUCAUGGAUUCAGUAUCAAAUCAAGCAAAAACAUGGUUACUUGACAUAUUCGCCGCCUCUUUCUCCUUCUUCAAUGUCUCCAUAUGCUACUAAUUUUCAUAAAGGAUCAACCCCUUCAUCUUCAUCACCGCCGUCUUCUAGUACAAGAAUUAGCGCUGCAGUUCUUUUCAUUAUAGUGAUUCUUGCAGUACUGUUUUUCAUCUCUGGUUUGCUCCACUUGCUUGUUAGGUUCCUUAUAAAACACCCAUCUUCGUCGGCUUCGUCUCAAUCUAAUAGAUACCCUGACGUCUCUGGACCAGAUGCUCUUCAAAGACAACUACAGCAGCUUUUCCAUCUCCACGAUUCUGGUCUGGAUCAGGCCUUUAUUGAUGCUCUUCCUGUUUUCCAGUACAGAGAGAUUGUAGGUCUGAAAGAGCCAUUUGAUUGUGCUGUUUGUUUAUGCGAGUUUUCUGAGAAAGACAAGCUGAGAUUGCUUCCUAUGUGCAGCCAUGCUUUUCACAUCAAUUGCAUAGAUACUUGGCUGUUAUCUAACUCCACAUGCCCUCUUUGUAGAGGGACUCUUUUUGCUCCUGGAUUUUCCAUCGAAAAUCCAAUGUUUGAUUUUUAUGAUUUAAGAGAAUAUGAUGGAUGCCCUAGUAAUGGAGAAAAUGGGUUCUCUUCUAGGCAAAAAACUGUGGAAAUUGAAGAGUCUGUUGUUGAAAAGGGUGUUUUACCUGUGAGACUUGGUAAAUUCAGGAGGCCGAAUGAUGGAACAGGGGAGGCAGGAGGAGAGACUAGCAGCAGUAAUUUAGAUGCAAGAAGAUGUUUUUCAAUGGGUUCUUAUCAGUAUGUGCUUGGUGAUUCAGACCUCAGGGUUCCCUUAGGCACUGACCAGCAUGGCCGUGAUGCUAAGCUCGAAAAACGAAAUGGGGAUCUUUCAGUUGAUGGGGAUUUGGAGGGAAAGAAGAUUAGUAGUGGAACCAAACGUGAGAGCUUCUCUGUAUCUAAGAUAUGGCUUUGGUCUAAAAAGGGCAAGUUUUUGGGAUCCUCAGAUACUCAGAUGGAUAUGCCUUCUUCACUUAACAGGGAAUUGCCAUGGAUGGUUAGAACACAAGAAAAUUGAAAGAUUUGAUUAUUUUGCCAACGCUCUGAGCACAUUAGCAAUCAUUUGUUUGUUGGAUAUUCACGAGAGAAGGUUAAUCCAUAGAAUUUAAUUAUUGGAGUGGAGGACAAGUUUCCAUACAUUGGAAUGCAAGUUGGCAAUAUGAAUGCUUUGAUAUCUUGAUUUCUGAAUGGAAAUGUCUAAUUUUCCAGCUACAAAAAUGCUGCUGGAAAGUAAAUUCUGAAAUGCUAAAAGAUAAUUGUAUCCUUUUCACUCAUCCUUGACUUGCUUCUUCUCAUUAGUGUUACCUUUUGCAUGGAAUCAUUUUAAAUGUCAACCUUUGUUCAUAGUAAACAAGACAAGCAUAAGAUGGGAUAUUCUCAUAAUCUCCAUUUAUUUGCUAAGCAUUAGAAAAAUUUUCUCACUCAAAUGUUCAUAUUCGCCCGUUUGAAUCAUUGGAUGAUGGGUGUUUUUGAUGUUUUGUUUUUGUCAUCCUUUGUUCUUUGUUCUUUGAUUUCUUCCUGGAUUGAUGCAUAGUGAUUUUGGGAUUAUGUGUUCUGAAUCUUGUUGUUGAGGUUUUGGGUUUGGGCAGUUGGGGCAGUAGUGAAGGUGGGAUCCAUGAGAGCACCAUCACAUAAUUUUUCAGUCUUCUGAAUGAGACCUGUGAUUGAAAUCUUGGCUGUAGCAGCAAAUUGUGUGGGGUCAAUACGUUUUUUCCUCUACCCAUGUGGUCAUGUUGAAAACUUACCCCCUCCCCUCUCUCUUUCCUCCUUAAUUAAUCCGCAUUAAGUAAUUAAAACUUGAUAUUUGUCAAUGGCAGCGGCAAGUUUGAGAAGAUAGUUCUACACCCCAAGUGAGUGGGAAAUUUACUAUCUAAUCCCUCUAGUAUGAGAAAUAUCUUUUUAAUCAUACUUUGGACUAAAAUCCAGUUGUCUAGUAGCUUUACAGAGACAAAAAAAAACAAAAA